GAAGUUCCUUCUUUCCAAUAUGGCUGCUCUCACAUGUAAACAUGCGACCUGAUGUGUUAGUUUAUCGUACUCGAAUAAAACUGUGCUGUAGUUUUUACUUACCGCACCUGGUUCGUGCGGGAGGUACCGUGCAGUUUAACAGUGACCUCCGGUCCUGAAACUCCAGUCUGUGAGUUAGCAUCGAGCUGUUAGCAGGGAGACGUCAUGUCAGCGCACACUUUGUACGUGAACUCUCUGCCAGCAGCAGCUACCAACGAGCGGCUAGAGCAAAUAUUCUCUGAAGUUGGACCGGUGAAACAGUGCUUCGUGGUCAAAGAAAAAGGCACGGAAAAAUGUCGGGGGUUUGGCUUUGUCACAUACGCCAUGGAAGAAGAUGCUCAACGAGCUUUGAAAGAAAUCAAAGAUUACGACGGAAAGAAACUGUCCCUGAAAGUGGCAAAUAAGAAAAUUAAAGACAAAAAGAAAGCAGUUGCAGAUAAGGAGUCAUCUGAUGCACCAGAUCAAGCCGAGCAGAAAACCAAAUAUAUCAGGCAGAGAAUAUCUAAAAACUUCAGACUGAUUAUCAGGAAUCUCAGUUUUAAGUGCACAGAAGAUGAUCUUAAAGAAGUGUUUGGAAAGUUUGGAACUGUUGUUGAAGCCAAUAUUCCUCUGAAACCUGAUGGCAAGAUGCGUGGAUUUGCAUUUGUUCAGUUCAAAAAUGUGUCUGGUGCCACAAAGGCUAUUGAACUAAUGAACCUGAAAGAAAUAAAAGGUCGACAGGUAGCAGUAGAUUGGGCUGUGCCAAAAGACAAGUAUAUUACUGCUCAGCAAUCUACAAGCUCAGAUAAUAAGGUUUCAGAGGAGAAAAGCACAAACACAGGAAGCAAUACUGAUGAAGACCAUGAUAAUCAGCAGAAAGAAGCUACUGCUGGGAAGAAAAAAGUUGGGUUAGCAGCAGCUGAUACGACUCAGUCAAGUGAUGAAGAUGAGAGUGAGGAGCAAAACAGUGAGGAGGAGGAUGAGGAGGAGGAGGAGGAUGACAGUGAAAGUCAUGAAGAAGAAGAAGAAGAAGAAGAAGAUGAUGAUGAUGAUGAUGAGGACAUCCUAGAUUCAAAUGAUGAUCGUGAUGAGAAUGAGGAUGAAGAAGGAGAUCAAGAAACUCUGCCAGCUCCAAAGAAAACUAAAAAGCUCCUGCCUUCGGACGUGAACGAGGGUCGAACAGUUUUUAUCAGAAACUUGGCCUUUGACACGGUUGAGGAAGACCUUGAGGAAGUUCUCCUUCGGUUCGGAGAGCUCAACUACGUCAAGAUUGUUGUCAAUCCAGACACGGAGCAUUCUAGAGGUUGUGCGUUUGCUCAGUUUAAGACCAAAGAGGCUGUAGACAAAUGCAUCGCUGCAGCCCAGGAUGAAGCCGAGAACCGGGGCGUCCGUCUGGAUGGCAGAAAGCUGUCGAUUGUUGCAGCAGUGAGCAGAGACGACGCCACAAAGUUGAAAGAGAAUAAGAAAAAAGUAGAGAAAGGCAGCAGGAACUUGUACCUGGCUAGAGAGGGAUUGAUCCGUGCAGGAACCAAGGCUGCAGAAGGCGUAUCAGAGUUAGACAUGAACAAAAGAGCCAGGUUUGAGGAACUAAAGCGGACCAAGCUCCGGGACAUCAAUGUGUUCGUGUCAAAGACUCGUCUGUGCGUUCAUAACCUGCCUAAAUCAGUGGACAACAGAAAACUCCGAACUUUCUGCCUUCAAGCUGUAAAAGGAGUGCAGCGUGCACGAAUCACAGAGUGUCGAAUCAUGUAUGACAAGAAGCCAGAGAAGGGCCAGCCGACGGGACAGUCGUUGGGCUACGGCUUUGUUCAGUUUCAGGACCAUGAGAAUGCUCUCAGCACGCUGCGCUACCUGAACAACAACCCUGACAUCUUUGGCCCGCAAAAGCGACCCAUUGUUGAGUUUUCCCUGGAGGAUUGUAGGAAACUGAAACUUAAAGAACUUCGAAAGCAGAAACAAAAGGAAUUUUUACAAAAUCGGUCUUUGAAGGGAAAACAGUCCCAGGUAUCUGGGUCUGGUGGAAAAAAAGCCCAGUCUUUGUCCGAGCAGACAGGGGAGAAACAAAAAACAAAAUUUUCGGGCUUCCAGACCAAACCUGAGGUUGAGCAUGUGGAUUUACAAAACGGAAAGAAACGAAAGAAGGUUCUGACUUUUCCUUCUCAUCGGGGACCUAAGAUCAGAAAACGUGACAAAGAAAAGCAACAAGUUCAACCUGCCAAGAAAGCAAAGCCUGGAUGGAAACAGAACAGACAUGAAAGACGACAAAUUGAGAAGACAACGCAGCCCAGAACCCAGACGGCCAAAGCUGCCAGGAAGCAGUUCAGGAAAGGGGACGGGGAUCGUUUCGAGUCUCUGGUGGCGCAGUACAAGAAGAAACUGAUGGGCAGCGGCAAGAGCGCCACAAUGAAGAGAAGCAAGUGGUUUGAUAGUUAGAUCUCUGAGGGAAAUCUACAAUAAUCUGUUUAACAGAGUUUCAAAUAUUGUUUUCAUAUUUCUUAAACUGUACAGGAAGUUUUUCGAUGACUUUUCCUUCGUAUUUUUUUGUUG